AUGAACACAAACGGCCGUCGUUCCAAAUCAAUCAAGUCUGAUUCAAACUCAACUUAUACAUCACAUUCAUUGGAUCAGCAACAAGCAUUAGUAUGUGAUAAUCUACCGCAACCUACAAUUGAAUUGGAGCCGGUUCACUUGCAAUUCAACUUGAACAAUAAAUUUAAUAAGUUGUUAGUAAGCAAUAAUGUUAUGUUUAUAUUAUUAUCCAACUUAGUGUAUAGAAUUGAUUUGGAUAAUCCCUCGUUAGUUGAUAACUAUCUGUUGCCUGGAAAACUCACAAAUGCUUGGCUCAACCCUAAUGGAAAGGAGUUAAUCAUGCAAAUAGACAAUGAUUCAUACUACCAACUAUACGAGAAAUCCUUCAAACAAUUUAAAUUUAAACAUACUAAUAUCACAUCCGUUGCAUUCACAGAUAGUCGUGCCUUAGUCAUAGGUACACAAGAAGGACAUAUCUACUUGUAUGAAAGAUCAUUAAAACAAGUAUACAAAACCAACUCCCCAAUUCACGGCAUCACCUUUUCUAGCAACAAUUCACAAAUAAAUAUAAUUGCAGAUAAGUUAUACACAUGGGAUUGUUUUGAUACAUCCUAUUCUGAAUUAUAUAAAGUAUUCAAGCAUACAGAUCCAACAAUUAGAACCAUUAACCCACCAGGUUUACUUUUUUGUGGUAAGGACCAUUUCUUGUUCAUAAAUCGUGACAAUGAAAUACUUACAAAUGAUGGAGAAAUGCAGGUCGAUCGUAUUGGUGAUAAAUUGGCAGGAGUUAUGACGUCGCCACAUCAUAUCAUAGGGUACCAUGAGAAUCUGAUCAAGAUUUACAAUAAACUCAACAAGGAAAGAAAGGAAAUAACUGUUUCUAGUGGCAAAAUACGAGGAAUAACUGCUGAUUUUAUUUCAAACACAUACUGGGUAUAUACAAAGAGUUCUAUAUACGAACUAGUUAUUGAAAAUGAAUCGAUUCUGGUUUGGUAUGACUACUAUAAGAUGGGUAAGUAUAUGGAAGCUUUAAAGUACUUGGAAGACGAGAGAGAAGACAAUUUUUUCAAACGUGAUUUGGUUUUGAUCAAACAAGGAUAUGACUAUUUGCAACAAGGUGGCUUUGGUAUAGUUACUGAUGACUUGAGUUUACAAAUCCGAGGUGUUCAGAUAUUGGCAAAGCUGACGGAGCCAUUUGAGAAAGUAUGCUUGAUGAUUUUGAACCAUCAAGGAUUGGAUAAAUUGCUUACUGAAUACUUACUUGCGAAAAUGAAUAGAAAGAAUAAGAUACAAAUGGUUAUAUUGUCGACAUGGAUUAUUGUGUUAAUGGUUCGAAGUGGGGAUACACGUUUUACCGGGUUUGUCAAAGAAAAUUUCAAAUAUUUAGAUCGUCCUACAAUGUACCAAGUGUUGACAUCAGAAAAGUUGAUAUUCUAUGCUGAAUUGCUUGAAGAUUACUCCUAUAUUUUACUGUACUACCUCAACAAGCAGAAUUGGAAGGAAGCAACGAAUACAUUGAUCAAGCUAUACACCAAGGGUAUGACAGAAGCAGUAUAUGAGACUUCAGUUUUAAUGUUAAUGAAUUAUCCUAAAGUAACAGAGACAUGGCUAAAGCUUGAGUUACAAUAUGAAAGGCUCUUACCUGCCUUAUUGAAUCAUCCCGAUUUGGCAAUGUCUUUCCUUCAGAAGGUGACUAUGGAAAAGAAUUACAAAAAGAGUAAACAUGUUAACAACACAUAUUUAUCACUAUUGAUUACCAGUAGUAAUACCGAUAAAAGAAUUAUAAAGUUCAUUAAUUCUACAAACAACUAUGAUAAGAACUUUAUUCUCAGAUUGUGUAUUUCCCACCAAAAGUAUCAUUCAGCUGUGUUGCUUUAUACGGAGAUGAAAUUAUUUGAACAAGCACUAGACUUGGCACUUUCCCAUGAGUUGGUUUCACUUGCAGAGUUCAUAUUAAGUAAAUUUGAUACUAAUGAUGAUGAGCAAGUGUCGAGUAUCAAGUACGAAAAUGCAAACUACAAUACAAAAAGAAAGCUUUGGCUAAAGUAUGGUAAAUACUUGAUUGAUAAAGACUUGGAAUUAAAGGAAACAUUACGCCAGUCCUCACUUCAAUUGAAAGAUGUGCUCAUGCUACUUCCAGAUGGCGUGUCGGUUAAUAGCUUUAAGGAUGAGAUUGUAGAGUCAUUAAAUGGAUACAAUGCCAAAAUUAAUCAGUUAUCAUUGGAAAUGAAGGAGUCUUUGGCCAUAUCAACUAGCUUGAAGCAAGAAUUAAGAGAUUUCAAUAAAGGCAAAGCCGUGGCUAUAAUCGAACCGGGUGAACCGUGUGCAUCUUGUGGACAAUUAUUGCUCAAAAGUGCUUCGUUGGUCUAUUUCACUAAUUGUCAUCAUGGAUUUCACAGGGCCUGUAUCAAGGAUACGAGCGCAUGUUGUCUUUGUAAUGACUUCAAAAUAUAA